GGCUCGGGGCUGGGGAGGAGCGGACGCUGCCGGUGAGGAUGGUGCUGGAAAGCGUCGCCCGCAUCGUGAAGGUGCAGCUCCCCGCGUACCUGAGGCGGCUCCCAGUCCCCGAGAGCAUUAGCGGGUUUGCCCGGCUCACAGACCAAAGAAACCUGGCUCCAAGUUUAUGAAAAUCUGGAUUUAUACAACAAAUAAAUUGUGAAUUAGUUACUUGAAAUCCUGCUCUAUGCCAGGCACUGUAGUAAACACUGGGUAUCUACAGACAAAUAAGUCAGCUGCUGCACUUACAUUUAGCACAGUAUCUCCACAUCUUUCAGAAUGGCUUCGGUUAUUGCCUUUCCUGGGUGUGCUUGCACUACUUGGCUACCUUGCAGUUCGUCCAUUCCUCCCAAAGAAAAAACAACAGAAGGAUAGUUUGAUUAAUCUUAAAAUACAAAAGGAAAAUCCCAAAGUGGUGAAUGAAAUAAACAUUGAAGAUUUGUGUCUUACUAAAGCAGCUUACUGUAGAUGUUGGCGUUCUAAGACGUUUCCUGCCUGUGAUGGUUCACAUAAUAAACACAAUGAAUUAACAGGAGACAAUGUGGGCCCACUAAUACUGAAGAAGAAAGAAGUAUAAUAGUAAUGAAUUAGGAUUGAAUUGUGUGCUGUAAAAUCUUAUAAUGAUAUCUUUUAAUUUUUUGUGUAUAGAUCUUUCAAAUGGUGGUCUUAAUUACUACUAGUAGUGGAGUAAUUAUUUCUGCCAAUUUAUUUUCUUGCUACACUACUGUUUAUAUUUGAUAGUUCAUAUAUUCAAUCAUAUAGAAAUUAAAUUGUGAACCCUUUUAUUCUGACUUCAAAGAAUUAAUGUAUUUUCCUCCAAUAAAACCAACACUUCUGAUUUUAACUAACUGAGGAAAUAUCUAAGUCUGGGCAAUAGGUCCCAAACUAUUUCUUUGAAAACCAAUAUUUUCAAUAGAAUAUAUAAUUUAUAAUUUUCUCCCUACUCUAUUAAACAUAUUAUCUUUCCGUUUUCUUCUGUUUUGAUCAUUUGAAGGACUUGUUUCUUUUUCAGCCUUCCACGCGCCAUUCUUUUUUAGAUCAAUACGAAAAACAUUGCUCUUAAGGAUUACUUGUAUUUUCAAAGAGAUAAACUCUGCUUUAGAGAGAUUGUUGUCUAGUAAAUAUAAAUAUCCCAAUUUCAGGGAAGAUGUGAACUGGAUAUAAAAUGUUCCAACAAGGAGCACUUAUUUACAUUAUAAAAGUUUGUUUACUUUAUAGUGGGCUUGUUUGCCUCUGUUUAGGUAUAUUGUGUAUCUUGAACUAUUUGACUCACUGACAGGGUGGGGUGGGGUGGCAAGAACACUUAUAUCUAAACUCAUGAGCUGCUGAAAUUUGAAGGUCAAUGAGAAAUAAACAUUUUUU